CUCACAGGCUUCGCUGAGCGCAGAGGCUCCCGUACCUGAUAGAUCAUCAGCUGCCAUGUCUCCCAUCCAUAAUCUGCCAGUCGAACUGCUGUCUCGCGUCUUUGCCCUGGGAGUGCUGGACAGGCCGUACCCGGACCUUACCCCUCUUCACGUGCCUUCAUUCGAGGUCCUCGUCUCUCAUGUCUGUCACCACUGGCGUGACAUUGCGCUCCGCACACAGUCUCUCUGGACGACGCUUAACUUUCGGCUGAAGUGCCACAUGGACCGUGCGCACAUAUACCUCUCGCGGAGCAACCAGCUGCACGUUGAUAUCUUCGUGGAUACGUGCGCGGAGGAUGAGUACGAAGAAGGUUAUAACCUCUUCCGCCCUGAAUUCAAGCCUAUCUUCGAGAUUCUUAUUCCUGAAGUUGAUCGCUGGAGGUCGCUGACACUGAAGGUGCGCGAUCGAGGGUGCAAGCUUGGUGCACGCGACGUGCUAUCGUCAUGCGGAUCGGCGCGGAACCUCGAAUAUCUCCAACUCUGGCAUAUCGAGGACUGGGACAGCGCCGAGAGGCUCUUCACACAGAUUGGGCCGCCUCCGGUCGUCAUCUUCGAUAGGUCCCUUCCCUCUCUGAAACACCUCUCGCUGGUUGGUGUAAACGUGCCUUGGCUGCAGUCGCCCUUCCUGGAGGAUCUCACGUCAAUAAAUCUUGCGCUGCACUCUGAGGACGUCCGCGUCCCGUAUCAUAUCUGGGCGAAUAUGCUCGCGACGAGCCCCAGGCUCGAAAAGCUGUCGCUACACUACUCCGGACCGAAGGCAGGCGUGCUCGCUUGGCCCGAGACAGUCAUUCCUUUGCCAGGCCUCAGGGAGCUGUCUCUGACCGAUAUGGACCCGCCGUACAUGUGCGAAGUCAUCCGCCGCUUGCACAUGCCGAACGUCGCUCAGCUGCGCCUCGAGUUACCAGCGCAGGAACCCGAUGCCGACUUUGACGGCUUCCUUGCGUAUCUCAUCGCCCCACCGCCUCAUCCCACUACUGAACACGAUGCGAAGGAGGGAUCAGAAUCGGAAGCCAGCGGACCACUCUUCCCUCAAUUGCGCACACUAGCGAUCUAUGCCCUCGAGUGCAGCGCGGGGAGCUUCCGCCGCCUGCUUGAGGUCUCCCCGCAUGUAACACGACUCGAGCUCGGUUGCAAACGACUGACCGAAGGACUCUUUCGGGAGCUGUUCCAUGUCGGCUUGGACGAUAGGAAGGGCAAGCAGAGGGAAGGCACGUCGCGUAUGCGAUAUGACUCGACGCAGUGCAUGCUGCUGCCAGAGCUAGACGUUGUGCGCGUCUCCGGGAUCACGAGCACCGAGCUUGUGGAGUUCGUCAACUUUCGCCGACAGCUUGGGCGACCGGUGAAGAGGUGGCUUGUCAGUGAGCGCAUGCGAGAUCUGGAGCUGGAGCGUGUUGCCAAUGACAUGCUGCAGCGGGGAGAGAAUGAGCGGAUUAGUUGGUUCUCCUCGGAGGAGGACGAGGAUGAUGAAGAAGCGGAGGAAGAAGAGGAAGAGGAUCAGGAAGAGGAGGGGGAAGACGAAGGCGAUGGAGAAGACGAUGGCGACGAAGAGUAGCGUUCUUGUUAAGUUAAGCCCCUUAGUGUGUCGCAUCUAGGUUGCUUUCACGCAGUACUUGAUGUCGAGCUUCUUCGGCCUCUUUAAUCAGGUUAUAACACUGCUCCAGACUUGUUUCGCAUUCAUUUUCACUUUGGGAUAACUUGUAUCUUCAACCACAAGCCCCGAAAGUUGUAAGUCACCGGUUUCUUACUAUUGGAUCCCCUCUUACCUGCCCUAGUCAUUCUCAGUUUCAUGAUCGUUGAGGCUUGAUUUUUGUCUAAGAUUCGUUUGAUGUCGACCGAGAUUAUGAUUCUGUGCAAUGCGAAAUCUGCUCG